ACCUCGGUCUAAGUUUGGGGAUGGGUUGGUCUAAGGAAUGAUGUAAUUCGCCUCUCUCCUGCUAGCAAACACAUUCCUUCGUUCCUUUCCACCGUGCGGGCAGUAUGGAACAGUUCAGCGCGCGCACAUAACGCGCUUAUUCCUGCUAAGAGAGAGAGAGCUGCGAAACCGGAACAAAACCAAACGGAAUAUAUUUUAUACCAGGAGAGCUGUACCUCAGUGGAUAAAGUUUUAGGUGAGAUUGGAAGCUUUUUCUGCUCUGAACUAGUUCAAUUCUAGGGGAAGCGCUCAUUGCGCAGGGAAGCGGUCAAAUGCGUGUGAGACGGGUGAUCAGUGCGCACCAGAAGGGCACUAUGUUUUCCUGGCUGUUCCAACUGUGUGCGUUAUUUCAAUAUGCUGAAGAAACGACCUAACCUACCGCCACUGUUAUGAAUGCAUGGCAGAGUUGAACUGUUGGGCAGUGGCGAUUGGGAGAUUAUGAAUUCAGAAUGGAUUUGACACAACUGACAACAGUUCUCUGUAACUCCACGGAGGAUAGCAAUGCUACAAAAACGGCGAAACCUUUUCCACACACAGUGCUAACAUCGGCGUUAAUCAUCCUCGUCGUCACUCUCGUUAUUUUGGUCACGAUUGUGGGUAACGUUCUGGUUAUAGUGGCAGUUUUAACCAGCCGAGCGCUCCGUGCGCCACAAAACCUUUUCCUGGUGUCUCUCGCCUCAGCAGACAUCCUCGUGGCUACGCUAGUGAUCCCCUUUUCUUUAGCCAACGACAUCAUGGGAUACUGGUACUUUGGGAGCACGUGGUGUGCCUUUUACCUGGCCUUAGACGUUCUGUUUUGCACCUCAUCCAUCGUUCACCUGUGCGCCAUCAGUCUGGACCGGUACUGGUCCGUGACGAAAGCGGUGAGCUACAACCUUAAGAGGACGCCGAAGCGCAUCAAGUCCAUGAUAGUGAUAGUUUGGGUCAUAUCAGCUGUCAUUUCCUUUCCUCCUCUUAUCAUGACCAAACACAACGAACAAGAGUGUCUGAUAAAUGAUGAGACUUGGUACAUACUCUCCUCUUGUCUCGUCUCCUUUUUCGCUCCUGGGUUUAUUAUGAUCACAGUGUACUGUAAAAUAUACCGGGUGGCCAAACAGCGCUCCUCCACUGUGUUUGUCGCUAGAAAUGGUCUGGAGAGGAACCCCUCACAGUCAGAGACAUGUUUCGUUCGAAAGGAUAAGUUCGAGGUGGAGAGUCCCAGUAGCCACAGCUCGGGAAGUAAUCAACACCAGGAGGAGCUGGAUGACAUUGACCUGGAGGAGAGUUGUGCGUCGGACAACAAACCCAAGAACUGCCGCUUCUCCAAGCGGAGGAAGGUGGAGGGCUCAGACUGUUGCACUAAACAGAACUGCCGCGUCUCAUGGGCUUCUAACCGACAAUCCCAGUUGUUUCAAGAGCAGAACAACAGACGGUCCGCAUCCAAAACUAAAGUGGCGCAGAUGCGAGAGAAACGCUUCACGUUUGUGCUGGCUGUAGUGAUGGGAGUUUUUGUCCUCUGCUGGUUUCCCUUCUUCUUCACAUACAGUCUUCACGCUAUCUGCAGGGAGAGAUGCACCAUUCCCGGAGCCUUGUUCGACGUAUUCUUUUGGAUAGGUUACUGCAAUAGUUCAGUUAACCCAAUUAUAUAUACUGUUUUCAAUAGAGACUUUCGGAAAGCCUUUAAGAAGAUAAUAUGUACAAGUACAAAACGCACAUAAACUAUUUCUCCCACAUCGUUCAAAUGUAUUUAAAUGUGCACAAAAUGUUUCAUGGGAAAUGUAAAUAAAUGUUCGUGUAUAAAUUGAAUGUGAUCAGAGGUAGAUAUUACAUUAUAUGCGCAGUGCAAAUGUGAGAAUGUCAUUUUGAAAUCAUGUUUAGUUAAAUUAGAUUAUUUUAUUUAUUUAUAAAAUUAAAAUUUUCUUACAACGGGUGUUUCAAAUGGGGUUUGUGGUGCAGGAUGUUAAUGAAUGUCACAUUUGUGAUUGUAUGAUUAUAACCCUUAAACCAA